AUGUCAGUUGGCGCUGGCGCCGUCUCGGCAGCUUGGCGCACCCCCGCUCACACCGCUUCGUGGCGCGACAGAUGGCUCAACUGGCGUCGGGGCCACACGCGCGGCCUGCAGCCGAGCAUGAUGCUUCUCUGGGCCGCCGCUGGUCUGCCGCUCGGCAUCCACAACAUCCUCGCCGAGCUCAAUGUCGCGCUGCAGGUGCAGGCCCAGAUCCUCACGGCGCUCUCGCUCGUCACAUGGGCACAGGUCAUGUAUCUCGGACAUAAGUGGAGCAUGCUCAAGACGCUCAGCGUCACUGGCGCGCUCAUGGCGCUCGCCGGCGGCAUCGAGGUGGCUUUUGUCUGUGGCUUUCGAUACGGCGCGCAGAGCGUGCCCAGCAGCUUCAUCCUCGCCAUGGCCAUCCUAGCCGCCGUGGGGCUAGGGCUUGGCGUAGGCCGGCACUACGUCGACAUGUACCAGCACCGCUCCGUGCGGGGCAUCUCGUGGGGCUUCGUCUUUCUCGACGCCGGCGGCGAUCUCUUCUCGCUGCUCUCGGUUCUGCUCGAGCGCCCGCUCUCCGCCGCCUCAAUCGCCAUCUACGCAACCGAGCUGCUGCUCUGGCUCGGCGUCAUGUUCGCCGGGCUGGCGUGGAACGUGCCGCAGUGGUACAGCUCCCGUCGCGGCGUCGAGCGGCGUCACGACUCUGCCGAUGCGCAGGCCCCGGCACUUGAAAUGGAGCCGCAGCGCUCGCCCGCUGGAGCCGCAGUCGACGCCGACGCGGCCUCGUCGACGCACAGCGUCUUCCGCACGAGCGGCUGGGAUCGCCUGACGCGGCGACUUAGAGAUGCAGCGCAGCCAAGGCAAGAGCUGUGA